GCCUGGUCCCUCUGCGAGCUCUUUACUGAAUGGUCCGUCAGCGAGAGAGAGAGAGAGAGAUUUCUUCUCGAGGAAGUCAGCCUCUCACCCUUCUUCGUCAAGGUUAACGAUGAAAAGAUUAACUAGGAAGGUGACAAAAAGAAGAAGCCGCGGGAUAGCCAAGAAGAAGCAUAUGGUCAUCUCAAAGCCAGAAAUGGCAAUUGCAAGGGAAAUCAGCCCUCUUGUAGCAAAAUAUUGGACACAGAGGUUCAGUCUUUUCUCAAGAUAUAAUGAGGGCAUCAGACUAGAUGAAGAAGGAUGGUACUCCGUGACACCAGAAGCAAUUGCUUCCGAUCAGGCUAAAAGUUGUCGAGAUGUACUUGUGAUUGAUUGCUUCUCAGGAGUUGGUGGAAAUGCUAUUCAGUUUGCAAAAUCGGGCUGCCAUGUCCUUGCUAUUGAUGUUGAUCCUCAAAAGGUAGAAUUGUCCCGGCAUAAUGCCAAUAUAUAUGGAGUUGGGGAUUACAUUGACUUCAUUGUCGGAGAUUUUUUCCUCCUUGCUCCAUUUCUGAGGGGUAAUGUUGCCUUCCUUUCACCCCCAUGGGGAGGCCCAGAUUACAAUAAAAUUGAAACUUUUACCCUUGGAAUGCUUAAACCACAGAGUGGAACGACAGAUCAGUGCAGCCGCCUUAUAGAAUUGCAGACUGUCACUCCGGCAGGAACGGUGAUCCUGAUCAGUGCGAAAACCACUCUCCCAAACAAUGAUGGAAACUGGGGCAGGUGGAGGACUGCGAGAUGAGAAGGGAAAUUUGCUGUUCGCAUACUUUCUACCUAGGCGAGGGCUUGAGCGGAGGCUGGCAAAAGCUGUGACGUCGACCAAAGCGGGCCGUCUCUGUGAGUCAAGAUAGAGACAUGGAUAGGAAGAAGGUGCUUCUACGAAACAAAUGUCCAAGCAAGGGAUAGUGGAAAUAGAAGGACCCUUCAGACUUUCGGGCCGGUUUGCCUUCCUUGGAACAGUUUGCCCAACAGACGGAUGGUUGAAAUCGAGAGGCAGUGAGUUUAUGUUUCGGAUCCAUAACCAGUGGAUCGAGUUUCCCGAGUCAACCAUCGGCUUAAACGGCGGACCUACCAGACAUUACAAGCAGAAUUCUGUGAAAGAAUAUGUCAAAGCAUAAUAUUUUCUGUGAUUUCAUAGCUAAAAUUUAUCGUUGUUCUUAAUUGGGUUAUCAAAUACCUCUCUGCAGUUUUCUUUUUGGGUGGAUUAUGGAUUAAAGACCUGCCUCCUCUAGCUGGCUGACUAAGGAUUGCAUGAUUUCAUUUUA